GCCUCCGCUUCCGCCGCGAAAGUCUCGAGGCUGCGAGUCCCGCGCCGGCCCCCGCGCCGGCCCCCGCGCCGGCCGCGCUCCAUGGCCGCGCUCAGCAGAAACACUGCCCCUGGCGUUACGCACUUCCGCUUCCCGCGGAGCAGGCGAUGGCGGCUCGGGUGCUGCUUGCGGCGCUGAGCGCCGCGCUGGGUCUCUUCGCCUCGGCGGGAAAAAUGAAGAUCGUGGAGGAGCCGAAUACGUUCGGGUUGAAUAACCCAUUCUUGCCUCAAACAAAUAGGCUGCAGCCAAAGAUGUCCCCGUCUGCAGUAUCAGGCCCUGCACAUCUCUUUAGGCUUGCUGGCAAGUGUUUCAGUUUUGUGGAAUCCACGUACAAGUAUGAGUUUUGUCCUUUCCAUAAUGUCACUCAGCAUGAGCAAACUUUUCGAUGGAAUGCGUAUAGUGGGAUUUUAGGAAUCUGGCAUGAAUGGGAAAUUGACAAUAACACAUUUGUUGGAAUGUGGAUGAGGGAAGGAGACUCCUGUGAAACUAAGAGCAGACAGACAAAGGUUCAUCUUGCUUGUGGAAAGAGCAAUAAAUUGGCUUAUGUGUCUGAGCCAAGUACUUGUGUUUACUCUCUGACAUUUGAGACUCCUCUCGUGUGCCAUCCUCACUCACUUUUAGUUUAUCCAACUCUGACUGAAGCACUGCAGAGGAAGUGGGACGAAGCAGAGCAGCUACUGUACGAUGAACUAAUAACCGACCAGGGUUACAAAAAAAUUCUGAAAGAGAUUUUUGAGGAAGCAGGACUUCUAAAAACAACAGAAGAAAAUGAAGUUGAAAAACAGAGUAAGAAAAUAACUCUGGAAUUUGAAACAGUGGAAAAGUGCAGUAAGGAAUACAAGCAACUUUCUGAAGAAAUAAAAAAACUUAGAGUUUUAUUAGGUCAGCAUGGUAUUGCAUACAAAGGAAAUCUUGCUGGAAAUUCCAGUGUUGAGUAUGUAAGGCACCAACUGGCAACUGCAGUGGCAUCAGUUCUUAAUGGGUCAAAGGAUGAUGAGCACCUCCAUGGCGAUACAGGAAUGUGGAAUUACACUCUGUGAAGAAACUUGGAUGGUACCUAAUGUAAAUUAAACUGAACACAUAUUAUGCCACAUA